AUGGGAAACCUGACGAAAAGCAGGAAGUGCUGGAGCUACAUUGACAGCAGUGUAGAUUUGUGUUUAUCUCUGUGUUUAUGACACUCUAGUGCAAAAACUUCAUGACAGAUAGCUUGUUCUUCUCAACGGAACAAAUAUAUAACACUUAACCCGCCGUCGGAUGAACAUUUGACCAAGGUUUGAAGGACCUGUGGAGAAAAUGAGUCGAAGCCGGAACCCUCCACAGAAGGGCCAGGGGGCCGCCAGGGCCAAACAGAUGGGACUGCUGCUGGAUUUGGCUCCUGACGGCGGUCUGGAUGACUCCGGAGGAAAUGAUGAGGAUCUGGAGGCGGAGCUUCUGGCACUGAUGGGAGGAGGAGGGAGGAGCGGUCCAGCCGGCAAGAGACCCGGAGGAAAAGCUCCGGUGCCCAUGGAGGACAUCGAGCGGAUGGCAGCGCUUUGUAUGAAAGACCUGGACGAGGACGGAGAUGACGAUGGUGAUUUGGAGAACGAUGCUGAUCUCUUGGCCGAGUUGAAUGAUGUGCUGGAAGACGAUGAGGAGCAAGUGGUCAGGAAACCUCCUCCGUCACCAGUGCCUCCUCAACGCUCCAGUGCAGCGCCCACAUCCCAGAAUGCACCUGCCAGCCUGGAGGCUCGUCUGCAAGAGCGCUUGGACAUGUACCAAACCGCCAUCACCAACGCCAAGGCCGCGGGGGAGACCAGCAAAGCACGGCGAUACGACCGCGGACUGAAGACUCUACAGUCCAUGCUGACAUCAGUUAAAAAGGGGAAGCCCAUCAGUGAAGAUGAGAUUCCUCCUCCUGUGGCCACUGGGGGAAACCCCUCCGCUGCUCCGCAGGCCGAGCCAAUCACAGAGCUAGAGAAACCAGCUCCAGCAAACACGCCACCGCAGACGGCCAACGUCAAGCCAGUCGCUCCGCCCAAACCUCAGCUGCUACAGCCUCCACCACAGAGAGUGACGGCCAUGACACCCGAUACACCCGCCAUAUCACCCCUCACACCCGGCCAGCCCAACACUCAGCACUCGGAGCUCAAAGCCGGUGUAUUAAGCAGACAGAGAGAGUAUAAGCUGGCAGCGUUAAAGGCCAAGCAAAGCGGGAACACUGAACAAGCCAAACAACUCUACCAAGUGUUCAAGAGACUGGACUCGGUGGUGGAGAGUGUUGACCGAGGGGAGUUCGUGGACCUCAGCUCACUGCCGCCCCCUCCUGGAGAUGUUGAAGUGCCACGCUCUGACCCUCCUCAGCAGUCCUCCAAACCAGCCGCCCCUCCUGCUGCACCCGCUGCUGCCCCAGACACAUCUGUCUCUGCUCCCCGGAGCGUCGCCGAGGCCUUACAGCAGCGCAUGGACAAAUACAGAGAAGCUGCAGAGAGCGCCAAGAGCAAAGGAGACGAGCGCAAGGCACGCAUGCACCAGCGCAUUAUCAAGCAAUAUCAAGACGCCAUUAAAGCUCAUAAAGCGGGACGGCCGGUGAAUUUGGCAGAACUUCCUGUUCCUCCAGGUUGUCCUCCGCUGCAGGGCACUGAGGGCGGCGAGCAGAACUUUAUGGGCGUCCUGGAGACCGCUAUGAAGCUGGCCAAUCAGGACGCAGAUGCAGACGCAGACGCAGAUGAGGAACCGCAGAAGCCAUCAGCUCAGCCUGCCGUUCAGAAAUCCAGAGCUCCCGCUCCUCCGAAAGCCUCGUCCGCUGCAGGGACGCCCACCGGCUCCACUAACACCCCCAAACUAGGAGGGAAAGCCCAGCAGCAGCUGGAUUUCCUGACCAUACGCCGACAGCAGUUCGUGAAGGCCGCGCUGCGCUCUAAAGAGAUGAAGGACAUGCAGGGAGCCGCUCAGCACCUGAGGAACGCUAAAGGACUCGAGCCCAUGAUCACUGCCGCCAAGGCCGGACUUCCUGUGGACAUCAGCAAGGUGCCGGCCGCUCCGGUCAGUGAGGAUGACUACAGACUGUCUCAUUCCCGCUCGUCCGCUCUGUCUCCGCGCUCACUCGAGCAGUACACUCAGCUGAUGGCACAGCUCAAACAGCAGCACGAGAAAUGCCUGGCGUACUCGCAGCAGUUCACUCAUAUGGGGAACGUAGCAGAAACCGCCAGGUUUGAGAAGCUGGCUGAGGAAUGCAUGAGUAAUAUUGAAGUGCUGAAGAAAGCUCACGCUAAAGGAAGAUCAGUUCCUAAAUACCACACAGAGGAGCGCACCUUCAACUCUGUCAAGAUCUUUCCUAACCUGACGUCCAGUGAGAUGGUGCUGACCAUCGUGAAAGGAAUCAACCUGCCCACUCCUCCAGGAGUCUCAGCCAACGAUCUGGACGCGAGUGUGCGCUUUGAGUUCCCGUUCCCCAGCGCCGAAGAAGCUCAGAGAGACAAAACCAGUACUGUGAGGAACACCAACUGCCCAGAGUUUAAGGAGCAGUUCAAGCUGAACAUCAAGCGAGAUCACAGGGGCUUUAAGAGAGUGGUUCAGGCCAAAGGCAUCAAGUUUGAGAUCGUACACAAAGGCGGUCUCUUCAAGACAGAUAAAGUGGUGGGAAGUGCUCAGCUGAAGCUAGAGGCUCUUGAGAACCAGUGUGAGAUCAGAGAGAUCAUUGAUGUGUUGGACGGACGCAAGGCGACGGGAGGGAAGCUGGAGGUGCGAGUGAAGAUCCGCGAGCCGCUGUCUGGAGUUCAGCUGCAGCCGGUGACGGAGAAGUGGCUCGUCAUCGACCCGCUCACACCCUCACCAGAGAAGGACAGAGAGCGAGAGAAGGACAGAGAGAGGGAGAAGGACAGGGAGAGGGAGACAAGCAGGGAAAAGGAUCGGCAGGCUCCUUUGGAUCCGAGAGCCAAACCUAGGAACGAUCACGACAGGAACUCUAAACCAAGCUCGUCUCCUCCGCAGUAUAAGAUGCACAGCUUCGGUCUGCUUCACCACGACAAAGAGAGGCUGGAGUGGAAGAUCAACGAGUGUAAGAAGAACAGACGAGACCCGUCAGAGCUGAUCAAGCAGCACAUGGACGUCUGUCAGAGACUGCAGUGGCAGAAAUCAUACCUGGAGAAACAUCCGGCAGCACUCACAGAAUAUGAAAAUGUGCUGCGGAAGUUUGUUCACGGUCUGUCAGAUUCAGUUAAAACGUUUUCCAGCCAAGGCAACAGGGAUGCAGCAAAAGAUGCCCUCGGCCGACUGAAGAUCGUGGAGAACGAGCUGGAGUCAGUCAGGAAAAAACGGGCCAUCAGAGAGUGACACGACUGUCUGCUUCUGAAAUCAUGAGAAUAGAAAUGAAUCCUGACGGAUAUAAAAGAGCUGCAGAGGGAAGCACACACACACACACACACACACACAUAUGCAAUUAAGCACCUUUGACAUUGCUGCUCUUCAUUACUCUGCGGUCCAGACCAUCAAAACUUUCCUCAGUUUGACGUCUGAAUGUUUCGAGGGAGAUCAAACUGAUCUCAGCUCAUGCAAAAAUAAUCACCAGUCAAACACUAAAGCAGAAAUCUCACAAAACACAUCAUUGGGGAGAUUUCCCCAAGCAAUGUUGUGUGUGUGUGUGUGUGUGUGUGUGUGUGUGUGUGUGUGUGUGUGUGUGUGUGUAUCACAUAAAUGAAAUAAGGGUUAUCAAAGAACAGGAUAACACACGGUCAUUCAUUCCCUCUGACAGUUGUAUGUACCUAACACUACAAAAGAGAAAUAGUUAUUUUAUUUGAAUCCAGUUUUGUGUCUGUCUUCUGUCUGAUAUGGCUCUUCCUAACCUCUCUUUCACAUAUAAACGCUGUUAAUCUGCCGUCUUUACAGUAGUCUGUGUCCUCCAGUAUUCCCAGAUUAGGAUAAUGCCACUGCACUGCUGUGAUAUGGGAAUAAUCUCAGCACUCCAGGGAAGAUGUUCAAGUGUGUGUUAGAAGGAGCAGAUGCUGAUAAUAUCCCACAAUCCUGGAUUAUCCGCACCCCGCUGCUUCGGGGGAGGAGAUGAAAUGGGGCUGUUUCGGGUGUGUUUCGGGUGUGUGUGUUCUGGGUCUGUUUGGUUUGAUAAGGUGGAAUGAGAGGUUUUGUAUCCGGGUGAUUCUGGUCAUUCAUAUGCUGAGAUCAGCAUGUUUCUAGGAAAGCUGUCGCCUCUUCUUCUGUUUCUUCUUGUCUGUUUCAGAGAGUAUCUGCUUUAACCCCUGACUGACACAGUCCAAACCUCUUGUUGUUUGUGUAGAGAAGAUCUCAGCAUGUGCAACAGUCAGCCAUUAUAUCAACCGUUUGGUUGCGGGGGUUUUUUUCUUUUAUUCGGCACACGAUCACCUCUUAGGAUGCUGUCUGAACCGUUAGCCUUCAUCAUCCUCGUUCACUCCAGCAUGUACAGAUCAGGUUCAUUAGGGUCUCUGAAGGCAAUCACUGCUAAUGUAUUAAUGUAUGUACUGAUUUCCUGACGAUGGGUCUAUUAUUUAAAGCUGCAUUAAUUUGUUAAUGUGUCUAUGGUGAAGGAUAUGAUAAUGCCUAAUGUAAUCAUUAAAAAUUAAAGAUGACAUAAAAAUUUA